AUGGAAGGAGCUCAAGUGCAACAGCAAUCGCAACAGCCGACCCCACGACAGCAUUCGUCCGCAAUCACGGGUGCCAUUUCUAAAUUGAAAGAGCUUGGAAUCAAUUUCCUUGCUUUGGACUUUGACCAAACCAUUUUGGAUAUUCACACAGGUGGACGCUGGAAAGAAUCAUUGGAGGAGCUCUUGCCUCACGUCCGACCGGUCUUUGUGCAACUGAUACAAGCAGCAUUGGAGUACAACAUCCAAGUGGCCAUUGUUACUUUUUCCGGACAAACGACGAUGAUUCGAGAAACACUAGAGCACACUGUUGGUUUGCCAGGGGCCCAUCAAAUACCCAUUCGAGGAGGAGAUCGGUCAUGGAGAUAUCAAGGCGAGGGUUCCUUGGAUGGCAAACAGGCGCACAUGGCCAGCGCGGUAGAAGAACUGGAGACUCGGCAGCCAGAAACAAAGAUCACAAAGGCCACGACCCUGUUGAUUGAUGAUGAUAGAAAAAACAUUCGAUUCGCUCUUUACGAUGGAACCCGGGCUAUAUGGUUCAAUCCAGACAAACCACACAAGCUAUUGCAAGACAUAUUGAAGCUAGCAUGA